AAAAGAAGGAAUUGAUGUAACACUGAAUAUGGACACUUGGUGGCGCUGCAGGCUAAGCGUGAGAAUGAUAGAAUCUUCAGAUGUCCAAGACACCAUUAAGCUAGCUAGAAAGCAGAACCCUGUCUGCUCCUAGAAGAAGGCAUCCAAGGAAAAUCUAGGAGGGGGGCAAGAUCUCCGGAGAUUAAGGACCUCAUUAAGUCAGACUGAAAUUGAGGUUGUUUUACAAACUAUUUGUGUGGAUUGCAACCAACUUGAAACUGCACACUCUGGGCUGUGUCUGAACAAUGGAGACAGCGCUAUUGAAAGCUACAUCGAAAAGGCAAGUGGUUUUUCUUGCUAUGCACUUGCUUUUGUGGGCGGCUGGCUCUGAGGCAAUUAGAUAUUCCAUGCCAGAAGAAACAGAAAGCAGCUACUUGGUGGCUAACCUAGCAAAAGAUCUGGGGCUCAAGGUGGGGGAACUGGCCACUCGAGGAGCACAAAUCCAUCACAAAGGAAACAAAGAGCUCUUGCAGCUCGAUGUAAAAACAGGCAAUUUGCUUCUGUAUGAAAAACUAGACCGGGAGGUGCUGUGCGGGGUGACAGAACCCUGUGUGUUGCAUUUCCAGCUACUACUGGAAAACCCUGUGCAGUUUUUCCAAACCGAUCUGCAACUCACAGACAUAAACGACCAUUCUCCAGCGUUCCAAGAUGUAGAAAUGCUCCUAAAAAUCCCUGAGAGCGCCCAGCCAGGGACUGUGUUUCCUCUAAAAACAGCUCAGGACUUAGACAUAGGGAGCAACGCUGUUCAGAACUACACCAUCAGCCCCAACCUCAAUUUCCAUGUUGUCACUCAAAAUCGCGGAGAUGGCAGGAAAUACCCGGAGCUGGUGCUGGACAGAGCUCUGGAUAGGGAGGAGCAGCCUGAGCUUAGCUUAACCCUCACUGCGCUGGAUGGAGGGGCUCCGCCCAGGUCUGGAACCACCACAGUUCGCAUUGAAGUCGUGGACAUCAAUGACAACGCCCCACAGUUUGUACAGCCUCUCUAUGAGGUGCAGGUUCCUGAGAACAGCCCACUGGAUUCCUUAGUUGUCACUGUCUCUGCCAGAGAUUUAGAUGCUGGGACUUAUGGAAGUGUAGCCUACUCUCUAUUUCAAGGUGAUGGAGCUUCUCAACCAUUUGUAAUAGACGAAAUCAGAGGAGAAAUUCGUCUGAAACAGACAUUGGAUUUUGAGACAACUCAAUAUUAUAACAUGGAAAUUAUAGCCUCUGACAGUGGUGGCUUUUCCGGAAAAUGCAAUGUGGCUGUAGAAGUGAUGGAUGUGAAUGACAAUUCCCCAGAACUGACCAUCAGGACACUCACAAGCUCUGUCCCAGAAAAUGCUCUUGAAACUGUAGUUGCUGUUUUCAGUGUUUCUGAUCCAGAUUCCGGGGACAAUGGAAAGAUGGUUUGCUCUAUUCAGAACGAUCUCCCAUUCCUGUUGAAACCUACACUGAAGAACUUUUACACCUUAGUAACAGAUGGGCCAUUAGACAGAGAGAGCAGAGCCGAAUACAACAUCACCAUCACAGUCACCGACCUGGGCACACCCAGGCUGAAAACCCAGCACAACAUCACUGUGCAAGUCUCCGACGUCAACGACAACGCCCCCGCCUUCAGCCAAGCCUCCUACACCAUGUACGUCCCCGAGAACAACAGCCCCGCCCUGCACAUAGGCACAGUCAGAGCCACAGACUCAGACUCAGGCGCCAACGCCCAGCUCACCUACUCGCUGCUGCCGCCCCACGACCCGCACCUGGCCCUCGCCUCGCUGGUGUCCAUCAACGCCGACAACGGGCAGCUGUUCGCCCUCAGGGCGCUGGACUACGAGGCCCUGCAGGCCUUCGAGUUCCGCGUGGGCGCCGCAGACCGAGGCUCGCCCGCGCUCAGCAGCCAGGCGCUGGUGCGCGUGCUGGUGCUGGACGCCAACGACAACGCGCCCUUCGUGCUCUACCCGCUGCAGAACGCCUCUGCGCCCUGCACCGAGCUGCUGCCCAGGGCGGCCGAGCCGGGCUACCUGCUCACCAAGGUGGUGGCGGUCGACCGCGACUCGGGCCAGAACGCCUGGCUGUCGUUCCAGCUGCUCAAGGCCACCGAGCCAGGCCUGUUCGGAGUCUGGCCGCACAAUGGCGAGGUGCGCACCGCCAGGCUGCUGAGCGAGCGCGACGCGCCCAGGCACAGGCUGCUGCUGCUGGUCAAGGACAAUGGCGAGCCGCCGCAGUCGGCCAGCGUCACGCUGCACGUGCUGCUGGUGGAUGGCUUCUCGCAGCCCUACCUGCCGCCGCCCGAAGUGGCGCGCCAGCCCGCGCAGCCCGACGCGCUCACGCUCUACCUGGUCAUCGCCUUGGCCUCGGUGUCUUCGCUCUUCCUCUUCUCGCUGCUGCUCUUCGUGGCCCUCAGGCUGUGCAGGAGGACCAGGCCGGCCUCUCUGCCUGGCGGCUCUGUGCCUGAGGGCCGCUUUCUGGGACAGCUGCUGGACGUCAGCGGGGCAGGGACCCUGUCCCACAGCUACCAGUAUGAGGUGUGUCUGGCGGGAGACUCUGGCGCUGAGAAUCCUGACAAUACAGCCUAAAAUAUACUUCAUAUGGAAAUACAAAUGGCAACAAUAAAGAAAUAAAAAAAUGUGCAAAACUGAAGACAUCACACCAAUGGCAUGAUCCAUGGAAGAAAAAAUAUAUAGAUGAUUAAAAUCAAGUUUUUCUGCGCUGCAAAAAUCUAACAGAAUGAAAAGACAUGUCACAAACUAGGAGAUCACAUUUUCAAAAGACAUUUGAUAAAGGACACUUAUUUAAAAAGACAAAAAUUGUUAAAACUCAUUAAAAAAUCCCAUUUAAAAUGAGGCACAGACUCUACUAAACACUACAUUCGGGUGGCAAAUGAGCACGUGGAAGAUGUUCCACAUCAUAUGCCAUUAUGAAAAUGCAAGUUCAAAUAACAAUGAGAUGCCUCUACCCGACCAACAGGUAAAAGAGCCAAACUCCAGCACCAAAUGUUAAAGAAGUCAAGGAGCACCAGGAACUCUCAUUCAUUAAUAUGGAAAUUAAAAAUGAAGGUGCCAGGCUAGGUGUGGUGGCGCAUGCCUUUAAUCCC